UCUCUUUUGAAGCACAAAACGAAAGUAAAGCACGAUGACUGGACACUGACAGCAGUGCAGCCAGUAAUUAUUCAAACACUUGUGGGGACCAUCUACACCAAGGACUCUAACUAAAACAAUAAAUUAUACAUAACUAUACAACGUUAGAGAGCAUCCACACUAGAGGAACGUUUAUCGUUCUACACCGAUCAAUCCACUGGUCAACGCGUCCUACUGCACGCCAAAAGGCCUAUUAAUAAAGCGAUUCAACAACAUUUUAUCAUAAGAAAUGGAUUCCACAAAUUAUAUCUCCAGACUGUAUGACUAUGCUCAGAGAAAACGUCAGAUCUCUGACAUCAAGUUUGAGGAGGUUGGUACAGAUGGACCGGAUCAUCUUAAAACCUUCACUGUGAGGGUGGUGAUUAAGGGCCAUGCCUAUCCUAACGGGGUUGGAAAGAACAAGAAAGAGGCCAGACAGAAUGCUGCUAAACAUGCUCUGGCUGGCAUAAUGGAGACGACAGAGCAGAAGGAUGCCUCUGUUUCAUGUCCUCCGUCACCGGCUCCGUCUCCAGCCCCUCCUGUCCGAGCAGUUAUCUCCCAGCCCAACUACGUGUGCUGGCUGAAUGAACACAGCCAUAAGUACAAGCUGUCUAUAAAGGCUUUGGAAGAAACACGUGUUGGACCCAACAACACCUCACAAUGCUGUAGGUAUGUGGUAGGUGAGAAAGAAUACCCAGAGGGCUUUGGGAACACGAAGAAGGAGGCUAAGGAGGAAGCAGCAAUGCAGGUCUAUCUGGAGUUACGUGGCAGUAAUCAGACUACAGGGACUGUAGAUGAAAACUGCAAUAGCACUACUGGAAAACACAAGGAGGAAUUGAAUCCAAAGGUUGUGGUCCUCAGUGAAAAGGUUGAACUCAUGACCAUGAGUCCAGAACAGAAUGUUCCAGAACAAUGCAGCUUCAUUACAACAGAGGAGACCAACUUCAUAGGCAUACUCAACCCAUACUGUCAGAAAAACAAACUGCUUCUUGACUUUAAACUAGAGGAGAAGAGCGGACCGUCACACGACCCUCAAUUUGUUUAUAAAGUAUUGAUUGACAAGAGAGAAUACCCAGAUGGUUUGGGUAAGACAGCCAAAGAGGCCAAACAACAAGCUGCUCAGUUAGCAUGGUCUGCUCUUCAAGAACAGUCUGACUGGAACAGCCAGGUGUCUUGCAGAUCAACAAUUUCAGAAGAUGGAGGACUAUCCUCUCUAACCCCCUCCAGUACACGUCAAGAUGGAGGACUAUCCUCUCUAACCCCCUCCAGUACACGGGAAUCCCAGGAUGCAACGCCAUCAUCCCUGAGUAUUGCAGGAAGUGCCAGUGAGUCCAUCAUAUUCGCAGACUCCGUUAACAUCAGCUCCCCCAAGCAGGACGAAAGCCCUGUAAAUGUGAAGCCUAAAAAAAGACUAGCACCCAACUUCCUGAUGUCACCGGUCAAGACCAAACAGGAAGGUCCCAAUUUAAAAGGCAACAAUUUAGAAACCUUGUCAAGUGGAAGGACAUCCAACCAACCAGUUAAAUCUAGGUUUUUAUCAGAGUUUGACUCGAUAGAGAAGAUUGGCAAAGGAGGCUUUGGCAACGUUUAUAAGGCGCGACGGGAACUGGAGCAGAAGUAUUUUGCCGUGAAGAUAGUACGGAGUAAAGGGAAAGCUAAGCGGGAGGUUGGUGCCUUAGCAGACCUUCAGCACCCCAACAUAGUACGUUACUACACCGCCUGGCUGGAGGACACCGCCUACCGAUGUGACACCGCCUCUGAGAGCGACACCACUUCAGAUUCAGGUAGCAGUUCGUCCUCUGAGUUCCUGUACAUCCAGAUGGAACUAUGUGACAAGAGGACUCUAAAAGUGUGGAUUGACGAGAGGAACGCUCAUCGGAAACCCAAACGCAGGGAGGAGAGUCUACACAUCACCCAGCAGAUAGUAGACGGAGUAGAAUACAUCCAUUGCAAGAAACGCAUACACAGAGACCUAAAGCCUGCUAACAUCAUGUUUGGUAUGAGUGACGGAGAGGGGAAUGGCGAAGUAAAGAUCGGGGACUUUGGUCUGGUGACGGCAGAAGAUAACGAUAACGAUGAAAACCUGCUGGAGAGAACGAAAAGGACAGGAACCAUGUCUUACAUGGCCCCUGAACAGAGGAACAAGACCUUCUACGACAGAAAGGUGGACAUCUUUGCUUUGGGUCUGAUCUACUUUGAACUGCUCUGGAACCUGUCUGGAAUGGAGAAAGCGAAGGUCUGGGAUGAUGUCAGAAGCCAGAAGUUUCCUCAACAGUUCAACACGCAGUUCACCAUAGAGAACAUGGUGAUAGAGGGGAUGCUGUGUGCCAACCCAGAGGACAGACCAGAUGCCACGCAGCUGAAGACAAAACUGAAUGAGUGUUCUAGUGUUCUGACCAGAGAUCGCAACUACCAUCAAGACAACAGAACAGUCUAAAGACAGUCAGUGGAAUUCAUAAAGGGUUUCAGAAUAGUAUUCAGUGUGAUGUAAAAUGCACAACUGAUUCUAGAUCAGUUCUCUACUCUGAGAGCCAUGAAUGCAGGCCCUGAACAUCCAACAAAACAAAUCAAAUCAAAAUGUACUUGUCACAUGUGCCGAAUACAGGUGUAGACCUUACCGUGAAAUGCUUACUUAACCAACAAUGCAUUUCAAGCAAGUUAAGAAAAUAUUUCCCAAAUAGACUGAAGUAAAUAAUAAGAAAAAGUAACACGAUAAAAUAACAAUAACGAGGCUAUAUACAGGGGUUACGGGUACCGAGUCAAUGUGGAGGCUAUAUACAGGAGGAACCGGUACUGAGUCAAUGUGCGGGGUUACAGGUUAGUCGAGGUAAUUUGUACAUGUAGGUAGGGGUAAAGUGACUAUGCAUAGAUAAACAACAGAGCUAUCUGAAUUUCAACUGUAUUUCAUAGACUUUUAAUGUGUCAUAAAUCAUGUGUUUUGACUGGA